AUGGGCGAAGAGUUGGUCUCUGUCGUUUAUUCUGGCGACAAAGACUUCAUGAAUCAUUAUGACGAAAUUGAGUUUAACGGCAAGGUCACGGAUGACGACAAGAGUGCCAAUGUCUUUGACAAACAAAGGCCACCCAAUGCUUCUGAUCCCAAAACUGCCGAUUCCUUGAUUGCUGCCCAAAUGACAAAGCUAUCAAUCGCUGAUCGAGAAAAGGCUUACAUGGACAUUCAUGGCAUUUCAGAAGAUGCUCAAGAAACUCCAGAAUUGAUUCAGGAAAGUUUGUUGCUACUUCAAAAUGAAAUCAAUUUGUUGCCCGACAAGAAAGCUUACAUCAUUGCUGGCCAACUGGAUCCCAAAUAUACCCAGGAUAGGGACUUCUGCCUCGCCUUUCUUCGAUGUGAGAAGUUUGAUUGCCAAAAGGCAGCCCUACGGAUCGUACGGCAUUUCCAAAUGAAGCUGGACUUGUUUGGUCAGGACAAGCUCGCGACGGACAUUACUCAAGACGAUUUGGAUAUGGAUGACAUGGAUGCUUUGUACAGUGGUGCUGGACGCUUUCUGAAUGCAUAUGACAGCGCAGGAAGGGUUAUCAAUUUUGUAGUGGGAAAGCCGAACAAGUUCAAGACGGAUGCAGUGCUUCGGAAAGGGUUUUACAAUAUCAUGGUGGCAUUUCGUGACAACGCGGAGAUACAACGGCGUGGAGCAGUCACCGUCGGCUGGACUGUUGGCGAUGUGAAAGGAACAAGCGGGGACGAUAAUGAUCUCGCCUGGAAACUGCCAAAGUUGAAUGAAGGAUCUCCCAUGCGGAUAUCAGCUCUCCACUUGUGCUAUACCGAUGACGGUUGGAAGGAGGACAGACUAGCACUGAUGAGAAGCGGUUUGAACAAGCAGCUUAUCGUGCGAGUUCGGGUUCAUCAUGGUACAAUGCAUGAAUGCUUGCAGCACUUACGGCGACAUGGAAUCGUCCCAGCUUGUAUCCCAGUCAAUGAACACGGCGAAAUCACAGAUCAUUUGGAGCAUUGUCGUCAACUGGAGCAACAGCGGAAGCAUGAGCGUCUAAAGUAUCCCCUUCGACAUAGCAUUGCGGUUCCCUCUCCACAGGAUGUACUUCUCGGCAAAGGCACUCCCUUUCAAAAUCACCCAGGUAACAAGAAGCUCCGGCAAGUGGUUGUCGAUCGAUACAAGGAAUAUGAAAAGGCGCAAAAAGGUUUUAAAAGAUUGAUUGUUAAAGAAAUCGUUGAUCUUAUCAGGGGCAACGGAGCCCUAUUUUUGAAGCAAGAUGGGAAGAAAUGGGUCCCAGCCAACGAUGAAGUAGCGAUGUUGAAAGUCAGCGCUGCUUUUCGAACGUUGCGGCGUAAGGGCGGGGUACAGUAG